AUGACUGAUGCAGCUCCUGAAUUAGUUGAUAUAGACAACAGCAUUCCUGAGGUUUCACAAGAGAGAUACAUACAUUGGAAAAAGAAUACAAAAUUACUGUACGACUAUUUAAAUACCAAUGCAACUAAAUGGCCAUCAUUAACUUGCCAGUUCUUUCCCGAUCUCGAUACAAGCACUGAUUCUCAUAGGAUCCUACUUUCAUCAUUUACAUCAUCACAGCUUCCUGAGGAUGAAGCCAUCUAUAUUUCCAAGAUUUCCACCCUCGAUCAUAUCAAGUGGUCAUCCUUAAAUAAUUUUGAUAUGGAUGAGAUGGAGUUUAAACCUGACAACUCAACCAAGUUUCCAUCUAAAAAUCUCUACAAUGAUCUUACAGUGAGGUUCCCAGGCGGGGAUUGUAACAGAGCAAGAUAUCUCCCGCAGAAUCCCGAUGUCAUUCUUGCUGCUUCAUCUGAUGGUUCAAUUUACGUAUUCAAUAGAACGAAGCAUGGAACUACAGCAAGCCAAUCUCUAAACAGCACACGCUAUGCCAUGAAAUUGUCAAGUGCAAACAAAUCCCAAGAUAUUGUACAAGUAGAUGAAACCAAUGAAACGGUUUCGAUUUCCUGCAAUGGCCAAAAGGAAGGUCUGCUAGCUUCAUGUUAUUCGCAGGGACAGCUAAAAGUGUGGGACAUAUCUGCAUAUUCGCAUGCAGACCCAAUUAUUAACCAACCUGUCAUUUCACUAAAUGAUGCAGAUCCUAAAGGUUUGAACGACGUUUCGUGGAUGCCACUACACGACUCGUUGAUUGCAGCUUGCGGGGAGAGUAAUUAUGUGGCUUUACAUGAUACAAGAUCAUCGGAGCUGAUAUCCCAGUCAGACAGCAAUUUGCACCAGGGUGGCAUAAACGCAUGUAAGUUCAAUCCACAUAAUUCACUGUUGCUGGCCUCGGGUGACGCAGAAGGGACCGUUAAUUUGUGGGAUUUGAGAAAACUAGAUAAAGCUCCCAUAAAAUCAUUACAACAUGGUUCAGCAGUUUCGACAUUGGAAUGGAGCCCAAAUCUAGAGCCAAUAAUAGCCACUGCGGGCCAAAAUGAUGGGCUUGUGAAAAUAUGGGAUGCUUCAACAGAUAGAGUCAUUUUCACCCAUGGCGGUCAUAUGUUGGGUGUCAACGACAUCGCUUGGAACGCGCAUGAUCCAUGGCUUCUCUGCAGCGUAGCCAACGAUAACUCAGUCCACGUCUGGCGACCAGCUAGACAUCUAGUGGAGCUGCAAUAG